CACUGCCGAAAAGUUAACUACUUUCAUCUCUUCUUCUCCAAAGAAAGCAGAGGAAACCAUGCGCGAUGCGGCUCCGACUUCCCGCCAAAUUGAACCCGUCCGCCGCACUACCGCACCACCCGCCGCCGCCUCCGACCGCCGCCCGCCACCUCUGCACCGUCGCGCCUCCCUCCGACGCAUGCCUUCUUCAGCAGCAGCUCGACGACCACAUCGCCCGGGGCAACCUCGCCCUCGCCCGCCACCUGUUCGACCAAAUCCCCGGCCCGGACGUGCGCGCCCACAACGCGCUCAUCCGGGCCUACUCCUGGCGCGGGUCCGCCCUCGCCGCCGACGCGCUCGUCCUCUACCGCGCCAUGCUCCACGACGGCGUCCCGCCCGACAAGUACACCUUCCCCUUCGUCCUCAAAGCCUGCGCCGCGCGCCUCGACCUCCGCGCCGGCCGUGCAAUCCACCGCCACGCCGCGCGCGCGGGGCUCCACGCCGACCUCUUCGUCUCCACCGCCCUCAUCGACCUCUACAUGAAGUGCGCCUUCUUCCGCCACGCCACCAACGUCUUCGACCAGAUGCCUGCCAGGGACGCCGUCGCCUGGAACGCCAUGCUCGCCGGGUACGCGCUGCACAGCAUGCACCACCACGCGCUCGCGUGCCUCCUUCGCAUGCAGGACCGCCUCAGGCCCAACGCCUCCACCCUCGUCUCGCUCCUCCCUCUGCUCGCCCAGCAGAGGGCGCUCUCCCAGGGGAAGUCGGUGCACGCCUACAGCGUCCGUGCCUGUCUCCACGACAAGGACGGGGUCCUCGUCGGCACCGCCCUGCUGGACAUGUACGCAAAGUGCGGGCACCUGCGUUACGCCUGCAGCGUCUUCGAGGCCAUGGCCGACAAGAACGACGUCACCUGGAGCGCGCUGAUCGGCGGCUUCGUGCUCUGCAACCGGAUGUUGGAGGCCUUCCGUCUGUUCAAGGACAUGCUGGCGCAAGGACUGUGUUUUCUUUCUCCGACCUCUGUCGCCAGCGCUCUUCGGGCCUGCGCCAGCCUGGCCGACCUCCGUAUCGGUGAGCAGCUGCACGUCUUGCUUGCUAAAUCUGGGCUUCGCUCUGACCUGACCGCGGGGAACUCGCUCCUCUCGAUGUACGCCAAGGCUGGGUUGACCGACGAGGCUACGGCGCUUUUUGAUGAGAUGGUCGUCAAGGACACGGUUUCUUACAGCGCGCUUAUAUCAGGGUACGUGCAGAAUGGCAUGGCAGACGAAGCCUUUCUCGUCUUCAGGAAGAUGCAGGCCUGCAACGUCGAGCCGGAUGUUGCCACAAUGGUGUCCCUCAUCCCAGCCUGUUCGCACCUGGCAGCUUUGCAGCAUGGGAAGUGCAGCCAUGGCUCUGUCAUAGUCCGUGGAAUUGCACCUGAAACCUCUAUAUGUAAUGCCUUGAUAGAUAUGUAUGCAAAGUGUGGAAGGAUUGAUCUCUCCAGGCAGAUUUUUGAUGUGAUGCCAGCUCGGGAUAUCGUGUCCUGGAAUACGAUGAUCGCGGGGUACGGAGUCCAUGGACUCGGGAAAGAAGCCACCGCAUUGUUCUUAGACAUGAAGCAUCGAGCUUGUGAACCGGACGAUGUCACCUUCAUCUGCCUGAUUUCGGCGUGCAGCCACUCUGGACUUGUGACUGAAGGGAAACGCUGGUUUCACAUGAUGGAACAGAAGUACGGUAUAACUCCAAGGAUGGAGCACUAUAUCGGCAUGGUUGAUCUUUUGGCCAGAGGGGGUUUCCUUGAUGAAGCUUAUCAGUUUAUCCAGAGCAUGCCACUGAAAGCAGAUGUUCGUGUAUGGGGUGCCUUGCUUGGUGCCUGUCGGGUUCAUAAGAACAUUGACUUAGGAAAGCAAGUGGCUAAGAUGAUCCAGAAACUAGGACCUGAGGGGACUGGCAACUUUGUUCUGCUGUCCAACAUAUUCAGCGCUGCUGGUAGAUUCGAUGAGGCGGCAGAAGUUCGAAUAUUACAGAAGGAGAAGGGUUUUAAGAAGAGUCCUGGCUGCAGUUGGAUCGAGAUAAAUGGCUCUCUACAUGCAUUUAUUGGUGGAGACAGAUCUCAUCCACAAUCACCUCAGAUAUAUCAAGAGCUGGAUAGCAUCCUCGUAGAUAUUAAUAAACUGGGUUACCAGGCUGAUACCAGUUUUGUUUUACAAGAUCUUGAGGACGAGGAAAAGGAAAAGGCACUUCUUUACCACAGCGAAAAGUUAGCAAUAGCUUUUGGCAUCCUCACUCUUGGUGAAGAUAAGACCAUUUUUGUUACAAAGAAUCUCCGUGUAUGUGGAGAUUGCCAUACUGUUAUCAAGUACAUGACCUUAGUCAGGAAAAGGGCUAUAAUUGUCAGAGAUGCCAAUAGAUUUCACCAUUUCAAGAAUGGACAAUGCAGUUGUGGAGACUUUUGGUGAUUGCAAAAACAGUCUGGGUCAUGACAUCUGAGUUAUGCCAGUACUGUUUUGUAUCGGCCGUUCAUUAUCUCUUGAACAGUCAGGGAUCCCCUUAGUUCCAUGGUCCAUUUAAAAUUUCCUAAUAUGUGCACUACUGUGAGAUUUUGUAUGUUGUUGCAAGUUAUGCCCUCAUAAUGGGUAAUCCAAAGUGAAUUGAUGUCAUAAAUUCAAAUAGAAACUCAUUGCUGUUCAGGUUGGUUCUAUCGUGCCCAGUCAGAGGCAACUAUUAACAGUUAAGGUGUUCAGUAGGGAUCAAGGUAGAAUGAACAAAUAGAACUUCUGUCUCAAGUUGAAAAUUGAUGUUUGGUUUGAUAUGCAGGAUCGAUUUUCAGAAGCUCAGAGAGGUACAUGUUUAGUAUCAUCAGCCCACUUGAUUAAAUGGUAUCACAAAUCUCCAGUGCACCCUCCAUAUCAUGAAGGUAGACUCUUAAUCACUUCUCUUCUGUUUAGCCCCUCCAAAUAAUAUGCAUGCAGGUUAGAAAAAUGUUCCGAAGAGUUAAGGUAGACUCUUAAUUCACUGUGGACUCUAGUUAGGCGAAAAUAAUAAGCUAAUGUACAGCAUGGCAUAACGGGACACAGUACUGAUAUAUUGAGUUAGCUCAAGUUUUU